AUGUCGUUGAUGAUGAAGCCGCGAUGCAGGGUGUCGGAUAUUGUUGAUGGCAAGACUCGAAUGAAAUCUGCAGGGAGCUACAACAUUGAUUAUGCAUUAUUUUCAGGAUCACCUAAGUGGCUAGAAACCACAAAAAAUCUUAGAAUUGCAGACAUCACGAUUGGCUUUCUUAAAAAUGACCAAGGAGAUAUAGAUGAAGCCCCAGGGGCCUAUGACUUUUUGACGGUUGGAUUGCAUGAACUAGGGCAUGCUUUGGGGCUUGCUCAUUCCUCAAUUAAAGGUGCUGUCCUGUGGCCAUAUACUGGCAUGAAUGAAACCAGGGUUCUGCAGGACGAUGAUGUUCAUGGAAUUGAAGCUUUGUAUGGUGUCAAGUGA